AUGACAUUUUCCAUUCAAAACAAUCCGUACCUAUCUAUGUAUCAACAACCACCGCCACCAGCACCCCCAAACGAUUGUGCACCACCCCGAAAAACUCCUGGAUUUCGACAAAGUUUGCCCUCACGACUGCAUGGGUUGCCCGGUUUAGAUCUUGUGAAUACUAUUCUGGCGUCGUAUAGAGCCCAUAAGGUGAAACCAGAUGCUACUGCCACUCAGCCGCACAUGUCUUAUCCCCCGGUCAAUCCGCUUUUGGCUUCACCCGGCUGGUUUCAGCAAGCUCUGGUAAACUCACUACUCCUUCCUCGGCCAUUUGUGGAUGACACAUGUUUACCGCCUGUGCCUCCGGUUCGGCCGCCAGAUCUUGGAAGUCUUAUGUCGCCAAAAUUGCCUACACCAAUGCCACCUUCUCCAGCCACCUCGAAAUCGCGGACAUCUUCGUGUGAUUCUGUGAUGCGAAUGGAUAAAGAUACACCUGAUCCUCUACUCUAUUGUCGCUCAACAUUCUAUCCGCUACUGAAAGACCAGGUGGAUCGCGCGCAUUCAUCCUGGCGCACUUCGGAUACACCUAAACAUGUAAAUUCCGAUCCGGUUCCCGAGACGGGUACACUUGUUCCAAGUUUGAUAGAUGGUGAGGUGAUAAUGGGAUUUAAUGUGUGGGGCGAAAAACGUUUGUGCUUGCCUCAUUUAUUCCGCUUCGUCCUCAAUGAUGUGGAUCUGAAAGCGAUUGACGAGGCAUGCACGAAACUUCAAAUCACCUGUACCACAUGUACACCGGCUCAACUGAAACUGCUCCAUGCUCGUCGGAUCUUGCCUAAAGCCGUAUCCACCUGUGGACUAAUCCGUAAAAGCGAUGCCGAGCGCCUCACCAAAUUUAUAAGGAACCGAACGGAUCCAAUUGAACGAGCCCAGACGAGCGCACGCUCCGGCCCCACAGUUUGUCGUUCCCAUAGUGGUGGUGAACUGGAAGUAGUCAUUGAUCCAGAACAUAUGAAACAAUCUUGUCCAACUCCAAGUUAUUCUGUGAGUACAUCCUUAAAAGAUUCACAGGAAACGACUGAUUCACAGUCGACACCACUUGACUUGGUAUCUGAUAGUGGUUUGACUCGAAAACGUGACAGCAGCACCGAAUCCCAAUCCCAUUCGAAUGAGCCUAUUCCAGUCUUGCACGAGUGUUUUGGACGUCAGUCUGGUUUGAUACAUCCGGAGUUGUAUACCGAACCAUCCGCCAAGUGUAUUGAGUGUCAAACAUGUCACCGAUUGUUUGCUCCCGACCAGUUUGUCGGUCACACACAUACGGUCACAGAGGUGGACAAUCUGAACCACUGGGGAUUCGAUUCAAACAAUUGGCGCUGCUAUUUACGGCUGUAUACCGGACGUCAAGGUCGUGUGACCAAAGUAAACACCGGCCUUUCACAGACUGUCGAUGGUUGUAGCGAAGAUGAGUUGGACAAUAAUCCACCGAAAGAUUGCACAGUCAACACGGAAACCCAUCGACGACUGGAAGAGUUUAAAAUAAAAUUUGCCCAACCCAUCCGACUACCACCGUCGUUGAGCGCAGCUUUACGCACUGUCGGCUUGUGUGCAUCAGUCGCACCUAUUCCUCCCACAUCUUUGUUUCCUCCGCACCCAAUGCUCGAUCUACCAGAGGCACACACUCCCGGUGCGCCGAAUCUCUCCUGUAAGAAUGUCCCAUUCAGCACACCUCGACCAAUCACAACGCCCAAGGAAUUAAACAGCCCAAACGCACCCACUGGCCCAUUGCCAUCACCCGGACCGGCCACACCGGCACCCACACCCUCGCCAGUUCAUCCAGUAAUCCCUUCAUCUUUGUCUCCAGUCUUACUGCCCCAACUUACCCUUCGCCGACUUUGGGCUCCAAACGAUGGCCGGAUUAAAGUUCCUCCACCUCCCAAACCAAUAGCAACUCGUGAUAGUAAUGUUCUCCCCAAAAGGUUACACACCGGCCCUCCAAUACUGCUCCACUCUCAUCGCGUAGUUUCACAGGCAGCUGCAGAUCAAUAUGAUCGUGAUUUUAUCCCCAAUGUGUGUUUGAUGCCCCCAAUCGGAUCGAAAUAUCGCAAAUCCUCCUGCGGUUCGCACGGUCGUCGUCGCCGUUUAUCUCUGGACUGCUCAUGUGGACGGGGUGGACGCUAUCGCCACUCGCGCAAUCUGAGCAGCGGAUCUCGAUCCCGUUCGCGUUCGUGCAGUUACGGUUCUAGUAGCUCGCGGACAAGAAGCGCCAGUGCCAGUAGCACAACGAGUAGCUGUUACAGUCGGGGUCGUUGGUGCAAACGUUAUUGUGAUGGCGGAUCAAAUUCGCCAUGUAGUCCGCGAUCAUCGCGAUCAUCCUCAAAUGCAUCUUCUGUGCACGUGGAUGACCUUGGUUCGCCAUGUUUUGCCAAGAAAUCUCGAUGUCGCUACUUGACUGAAAAGACCGCUUCUAACGAAUCCACUGUCUCGGAUGCUUCAUCUUCCCGACAGACCUAUCAUCGACGAUCGCGACAUAUACGGCGUGUUCGUCGAAGGUAUCGUAGCGCUACCGCUACCCAUCCCACUGCUCCAGUUCGACCAGCCCGUCGACGUGUACGUUCUGCCUCACCACAGUUUGCCGACCAUUCGUGUUUGGACGUGCAACAACCCCAACCGAAUCAGCAUCAACAUCGUCAUCGCCAUCAGUGCAAUCAACGACAAAACCGGGCCUUGGCUGCGGCUAAAGCAGCACAAGGCGCGGCUAGUCGCAUCAGCCCCGGUCUUUGGAGUCGACACUUUGCUAACGUUAAAGGGAACACUGGGGGUACGUUGGAAUUGCCCAACGCCAGACAACCAGCUGUGCUCAAUCCGUUCGUUAAAAAUACUCGAGGCCCAGUACAACAUAAUGUCAAUAACGCACCGAAUGCCACUCCGGUACUGGUUACCGGUCCGAGCACUAACAGUUUGCCUUCAGCAGUGUUGGCCUUGGAAUCAAUUUGGACAGAUCUGGUGCGCCACAUCAACGAGUACACAACGGCUGUGGAAUCCCGUGCCGGAGUUCAAGAAGCUCGACAACGUUUGUUCGAACAAUUCCUCAGCAUGCAAACGUGUUACGCAACCCAUAUUGCCGCACUGAUGAAUGAAAAUCAAAAACUAAAUGAGCCGCAACCCACACGGACGCAGUUCAGUGCUCCGGCCUGUCCUACAGCUUCAACCAGCACUGGAAACAGUACGGCACAAUCGGGUGAUAAACGUGUUGAUCCGACCGUAGCACCUGACACUGUUCGGGCACAAUCGUCUGGUUCUGGCCGCGUUUCAUCACCCUCCGGUUCAUCCGGAGUAGUGAGCCCGGAUAUAAUUGCGCGUAAAUUACGCCGAUUGGGUUCCACUGAUAGCUCUGUUCCGGAACGAAUACCAGAAGAAGAGCCCUCGUAUAGCUCGUCGCAGCGAAGCUCCUCUUCGACGACUCCCAUCGUCCCGUUGUCGUCUGAUGAGCCCAGUAACAAUAAAGUUUGCUCUGGUAGUCAGUCGUGUUCCGUAGCAACGGAGAGCUCUACUCGUAUUCAUAGCAGCUCUGCUGCGCCGUACAAAGUCUCAUCUGGUCUUUGUGACCGUAGGCUUAGCGAAAAAUACGGUCCAGAAAGAAUUCACUGGAAACGACGACCGUGGGAUGUGGAUUUACAGACGGAAUCAAAUGGGACAUUGGAUUUAUCACUGCCGUCCAGUGAACCGAUUCAAAAGCGCCGAGCUGUUGCUGUUUCCGACAGUAAUAGUUAUGAAUGA